AUGGCGGAUGCUACGCGCAAGCCGGCGAACACGGGUGAAUGCGGAGAGCGGAUAAAUGACACACUGACCAAGCUGGAUGAAAUCCUUGCUGCCUUCUGGGCCAAGAUUUCGGAGAGGGCGCUGAGCACAGCUAAAGCCAAGCGGACUAAUCCCGCGCCACUACCCCAGGCAAUCACAGGCCCCAAGGGCGGACACAGACCAAUAGCCACCAGAGGCUCCCCAAAAAGGCACCGAAGAAGGGACCGGAGGCAUAAACAGAAAUGCAGAGCCUGCCCCAUGAAAAGCACUUGCCCCCACCUUAAGCCGCGACACACCCGUACCGGACAUGUGGCACCCAGCCAGCGCAGACCACCUGAUGAAACAAACCCUCACCACCACAAGUCGGAAACCUGGCACAUAACCAGACACCUGUCUCUGAA